AUGUCCGACCCCGGAAGGAAUCAAGGCUAUGCUACUGGCCAGAACCAAGGACACGGAAAUCCGUCCCCAGACUACAAAACAAUCUCCUCAUUCGGUCAAGAGAUCACUGAUAACUUAUUGGUCAAUCAUGAUGGCGCGGAAUUCUUACCAGCUGACAAAUUCCGUGACCUUAUCAAUAGAAGCCGUGUAGCCAAAAUUCUCACGGCGGCAGAGCUUGGCACUGAACCCGGCUUCAUCGACUUUGUGGUGAAGGAUGCCACUUGUUUAUUCCUGACCCUUGCGUCAAUGUCAACCGAAGAUGCUGCGAGGGUGUCUUGGUUGAAGGAGUUAAAAUCCAACCAUUUGACCGACGAAUCCCUCCCCAUUACAUUUCAAAUGACGCGAGACGCUGCCGGUAGCAACACGAUUUGGAAUUGGCAUCCUGACUCGUCCACGAGCAAUUCCGGUACCCGAGACCCUCUUCACAUUAUGGGUUGGGAUCGCUACAACAAAGACAUGUUCAACCUCUAUCAAUGGAGAUUCCUCGCUCCAGUAUUCGGAACAGGCCAACCUUUUCGUUUCCAGUUCCCGAAAGGUACGGUACUUCCAUACGUAAAGGUCGAUCGGAGAUCAGAAAGCAAGGGGUUCUUUGGGGAGGUGUCAAAAGUCAACAUUCAUCCAGCCCAUAUCAAGGCCCCGAAACUGGCUAUGAACAAAGACGGCUCCAUAGCGCUUGCACUAAAGAAAGCGAAUGACGAUCCUGGACUUUACGAAUAUUUUGACAAGGAAGCAAACAAUCUACAGAAGCUGAAAGGUUACAAGUCAAACCACUUGAUCAAGCCCAUUGCAGCAUACGAAUACGAUGGAGAUCGAUGCCUCCUCUUCCCCUGGGCAGAAGGGGGAAACCUGGCCGAAUACUGGAGCAGGAGGAACUCUGGGAGUUCUUUGAACAAGAAAGAGUCCGCAUGGAUUUUCAGCCAGCUCACUGGCCUGUUCGGUGCUCUCGAAGAACUGCAUCAAAAUAACUGCAGACACGGGGAUCUGAAGCCUGAGAACAUCCUGUUGUUCAUCGAUGCGGACAAAACAAAGACACUGCAGAUCGCUGACCUGGGGCUCACUACUUUCCACGAGCUAGAUGCCGCGACCAGGAUCCGAAAAGCUAAGGACAUUCUCACCAUGACGCCACCAGGAACAUCCCGGUAUGAACCCCCUGAGAUGGACAAAGAUCGAGACAAGAAGCUACCUGCUCAUAAGACUCGUUCAAGAGCGUAUGACAUCUGGUCAAUGGGCUGUGUUGUUUUGGAGCUGCUCAUUUGGCUUGCCAACGACUUUGAAGCCGUGAGCGAAUUCAGAAAUAAUACCGCAUAUUUUUGGGAUCGAGUUAAAGGCAAAGGGAAGAAAUAUUGUGUCCAAUACGACUCAAAAGGCUACAUUCAAACUCUGUCGACUAAGUGGCCAGCGAGAUCAGCGUGGGGAGAGCUUCUGACGCUUGUAAAAACCAGGCUUCUCGUCGUCAAGGUGUCGGAGAACUGGGACGUCAGCUCACCUAGGUAUCGCGGAACAGCGUCUGAAGCUCACAAGACGAUGAGAAGAAUCCAGAAGAAGUAUUACCCUGUCACUACGGACGACGGACUGGCCCCAGGAUACGAUUAUGAAGACAAUGGCAUCAUACCUUCGCUGCCUUCUCACGAAAACAAUCUUGACGAGUUUGAUGGACUGGUUGGCAUAGAGCGCAAGGCGACAGAGGAGCUAGAGCCAAAGCCUAGGCGUUCUCUAGCGAAAAACAAUUACUAUGAGGUAAACAGCAAGUUUGAAGAACAACGAAGCAAGCUCAACGACUCUUGGGAAUUUCAUACCGACAAUACCUUCGCCUCCCAAGUCUUUGAAAAAGUUAACUAUGGUUUAUGGGGACCGUUGACUACCGGGAAGAAGAUCUUUUGCGCGAAAUGUAUCACUGUUUCUUCGCAAGCUCUGUUCCCAUCCGAAUUCAAACCAUUAGACGCCCAAUCACACUGCGAUCUAUGCGGUAUACUUCUCGACGCUUUGAGGCGAGUAUACAAUGUGCUUCCGGAAGUUGUGAGGCUACGUCAGACUCGUACGACAAUAAGUGUAGAAGACGGACCAAAUCUUCUCUCGAUCUAUAUUGAACCAGAUCGCGAUAUUCCCCCGGGAAGGCAAAUCGGUUUAACAACGCUUCCUGGAAUGAACAGCACCGAACAGCUUACUUUGUUGAAACAAUGGUUGUGCAGCUGUGAUUCGGCACAUGACGCGUGCAAUCGUCGCGCGGGACAGAAUGACUUGGGAAUGCCAACCCGCCUCGUCAAAGUCACAGAGCCAAUGAAAGUCUUGAGCUCGAGUACACUGGAGUCUUGUCGAUACAUUGCUCUAAGCCACUGCUGGGGCCAGUUGCAGAAGCACGAACGAUUUUGUCUCUACCGGGAAAACCAUACUCAACUACAGGAACACAUCGAGUUCAAUUGUUUACCAAAAACCUUUCAGGAUGCAAUUACAGUCACUCGCGGCCUCGGCAUAGACUAUAUUUGGAUCGACACUUUGUGCAUUAUCCAGGACGAUAAGGACGAUUGGGAGAACGAGUCAACGAAGAUGGAAGAGGUCUUCAGUGAGGCAUACUGUACUAUCAGUGCAGCGUCUGCCAAAUCGUCACUCGAUGGCUUCCUUUCCGAUCGUCCGCCUAGGCAAAGCGUACAUCUACAGGUGAAGGGUUCUCCAGACCUGUACGUGUGCCCACAUAUCGAUGACUUCCAUCAAGAUGUCGAGCUGGCAGAGAUCAACAGGCGAGGCUGGGUCCUGCAGGAAAGGGCUUUGUCGAGACGGUCCAUUUAUUUUACUCCAAACCAGGUAUACUGGGAGUGCGGAGAUGGCAUACGCUGCGAGACUCUGGGUCGCCUGUACAACUCGAAAGCGGCAUUUCUUGGGGACGCCAACUUCCCCCAGUCUGCUUUGGAUUAUUACCGAGAUGGGAGGCAGCUACUGAUUCAAGAUUUGUACGAGAGAUACUCUGCGCUUGCGUUUACGAUGGCUUCCGACAGGGCCGUCGCAAUUCUUGGUCUCCAAACGAGGUUGGCGCGGGCACUAAAAACUCAAGCCGCCCACGGGUCCUUCGAGAAAUAUUUCGCGCGGAGUAUUCUCUGGAAACGCAAUCAACCAGCAGACAUGACUACCAUUGUUCAGUCGACUUGGACUGUUCCCACUUGGUCGUGGUUCUCCAAGAGCGGAAAGAUUCAAUACAUGGAUCUCGAGUUUGACAAGAUUGAGUGGGCGAAUGAAGAUUUUGAAAGCCCUUUCUCUCGGAAUCCAGACUUGCUCUCAGGAGCGUCAUAUUUUGGUCGCGGUGAGGACCAUACCAUCCUUCGGGGUGUUGCAAGAUGCAUGGACAUCAGUGAAGAACAAGUCGCAUCACAAAUUGUUUUUGACAGGAAGAACGAGCUCAAAGCCAAGGACUUACGGGUUGUUAUCAUCGGUCGUGACAAGGAAGGCCUUGACGCGAAAGCCCACGCUCUCGUCAUCUGCAAAAGCCAAAACGAAUCUCGGGGCAAUCGGUAUGAAAGAGUCGGGGUUGCAUCUCUUUUGGAGACACAAUUUUUGGACGAAGGGGUCAAGGUUGACAUUUGGUAA